AUGGCCUUGAAACGAAAGGCCUCUACAGAAGAGGUUUCUCCAUCUAAACGGCGACAACAGCAUCUUUUGGACCAUGAUGACCCAAUUUACGAGGAAGUGCAUUCCGACGCUGAAUACUCGGGAUCGGAGACUCCCAGCCUCAUCAGUGAUGACAUGAACGAUACCCCUGCGACGCCAAUCUCUACGACAUCCUCACGAUACCCGUCCGAGCUGAAGACCCACCGCUGUCCGUUCGAAGGGUGCGACAAAGCAUUCAACCGCCCUGCUCGACUACAAGAACACAUUCGGUCGCAUAACAAUGAGCGAGUCUUCCAAUGUGCAGUUGAAGGUUGCGACAAGACUUUUCUGCGUGCCUCUCAUCUCCAACAUCACGUGAAGAGCGCCCAUACUGGAAUCCGUGACUAUGUCUGCGAUCGCCCAGGCUGUGGAAAGAGUUUCGUCACUGGAUCCCGUCUUCGUCGUCAUCUCGCUGCACAUGAUGGUCGAGAUAAAUACCGCUGUACCGAGUACCCGCCAUGCGACGAGACUUUCCGAAAGCAUUCUACCCUCCAAAAACACAUUAUAACGGUCCACUUGCACCAGAAACCAUUCCCAUGCACUCAUGUCAAUGAGCGCACUGGACAGCAAUGUCAAAUGGCAUUUGACACCGCUGGCAAUCUCCGAGCCCACAAGAGUAGAGUACACACCGAGAAGCGUUUCAGCUGUACGGAAUGUAUUGAGCACCUUCAGGAGCAAUCCUCAACCAUUGAUGCCGUUGAGAAUGUCUCCGAUGAGUCUUUCACAUUUCCUACCUAUGCUCUCUUACAAGCUCAUAUCCGGACGGUACACCCUCCCAAAUGCCCGAAGUGUCCAAUCACUUGUUCCACAUCUCGUGAACUACGUCGCCAUCUUGAAGUCGCACACGGUGACGUAAGCCUUGAAGAUAGGAAGAUCUUCAACUGCACUGUUGACGGUUGCGACCGUAGUUUUACCAAAAAGGGGAACCUGGCUGUACACAUUCGAACAUUUCACGAAGGUGAAAAGCGCUUUGCCUGUGGCGAAACAGAUCUGUCUGCCUCGAAGAAGGUGACGGGAUGGGAUGGUCAUGGCUGUGGCAAGCGUUAUGGUACCAAGCUUGCUCUCGAGGAACAUGUUCGCACAUCACAUAUGGGAUUCAAGAACUCAAAGGCGGAGCGACGAGAACGACUUGGCCUGACCAACAAGCCAAGCAAUUCCCACCAGAUCUCGACAUUGGCUGCCCUCACAGGCCAAGGCUAUGUCGAAGAAACAGGCCGCCAUAUCGCUUGUUUCGAUGAAUCCUGUGAGCAUCGAUUCCACCGCGACUACGACCUUUGGGUGCACAUGAAUGCCAAGCACGGCUGUUCCGAGGAUCAGGUACAAGCUCUUUUCAUGCAGCGUGCUCUUUUGUCUGAUCAGACUGCCCUCGGAGGAAACUCGCUCGGCAUUUACGGUCUUGAAUUCGACCAAAGCUUUGCUAGUGCGACGAACGUAUCUCUUCCAGCGCAAACACAUACUGCGCUGGACUCUGAAAUGUUGAUGCACUCCGAUUUUUCGAUCAAGACGGACGCAGACAUUGAUUCUAUGAUACCCAGCCAUGAUGAGCUGGCUUUGAUGGACCCGGCUCACUCAUAUCAUCCGAUGGAGGAAUGA